GCGCUUUUCCUGCCCUGGAGAGUAAGCCGUGGAUGUCUUUGCUAGGGAAGGUAGGCAGCUGCUUCCAGCUGUUAUCGGUUCACUAGGAAGGUGGAUGGAAUUGCUCACCUUUCACCAGUACGCCCCGCGCCUUCUUCGAACAAACAGAAAGACCAGCGCUGUUCAUAUCACUUGGUUCACCCGGGCGCGUUCUUGGCCUGAAGGGAAGUGCUGCUGUCUUUCGUGCCCAGGAAUUACCUGUGAGAGUAAGAAAUAUGUUAAUGUUGAAUAAAACAGCAGGAGUUUUUUCUAAACCAUCAAAAAGGAAAUUUUAUGCAUUUUUAAGAACUUUUAAUUUUCAUCCCAGAACCCAGUUUUUUCAUAAAAUAGUCCUGGGAAUUGAAACCAGUUGUGAUGAUACAGCAGCUGCUGUGGUGGAUGAAACUGGAAAUGUGCUGGGAGAAGCAAUACAUUCUCAAACCGAGGUUCAUUUAAAGACAGGAGGGAUUAUUCCUCCAGUAGCUCAGCAGCUUCACAGAGAAAAUAUUCAGCGCAUAGUACAGGAAGCUCUUUCUUCCAGUCGAAUCCCUCCAAGUGAACUUUCAGCGAUUGCAACUACCAUAAAGCCGGGACUUGCUUUAAGCUUAGGGGUGGGCUUAUCAUUUAGCGUACAGCUGGUGAACCAGCUAAAGAAGCCAUUCAUCCCCAUUCAUCACAUGGAGGCACACGCACUGACUAUUAGGCUGACCAACCAAGUAGAAUUUCCUUUUUUAGUUCUUUUAAUUUCUGGAGGUCAUUGUCUAUUAGCAAUAGCCCGAGGAGUUUCAGAUUUCCUGCUUCUUGGAAAGUCUUUGGACAUAGCACCCGGUGACAUGCUUGACAAGAUCGCUAGACGACUUUCUUUGAUCAAACAUCCAGAAUGCUCUGGCAUGAGUGGUGGGAAGGCUAUUGAACACUUGGCCAAACAAGGAAAUAGAUUUCAUUUUGACAUCAGUCCACCCAUGGAUCGUGUGAAAAAUUGUGAUUUUUCUUUUAGUGGACUUCAGCAUGUUAUUGAGAGAAUAAUAGUGCAAAAGGAAAAAAAGGAAGGUAUCGAGAAGGGGCAGGUCCUGUCCUCAGCUGCAGACAUUGCUGCUGCAGUGCAGCACACGGCAGCGUGCCACCUUGCAAAGAGAACGCACCGUGCUAUUCUGUUUUGCAAGCAGAGAGAGCUGUUACCUCAAAGUAAUGCAGUACUAGUUGUGUCUGGAGGUGUUGCAAGUAACUGUUACAUCCGAAGAGCUCUGGAAACUGUCACAGAUGCUACACAGUGCACUUUGCUGUGUCCCCCUCCCAGGCUGUGCACUGACAAUGGCAUUAUGAUCGCGUGGAACGGCAUUGAAAGAUUACGUGCUGGCUUGGGCAUUUUACAUGACGUAGAAGGCAUCCGCUACGAACCAAAAUAUAUCCAAAGAAGUUGGAGAAACUGCCAUAAAAGUACCACCUUUAAAAAUGAAGAUUUGACUUUUACUUUUCAAGUCUCUAAAAGCCCAGGUAAAGAGUGGAUUGCAGCAGGACCUUCAGGCCGGAGCCUGUUCAGCAAAGUGGAUGGAGAGAAGGAGGGACAUUGAGGAACUCGGCGAAGCCCAGCGUGCACGUGUAUCACAUCUGUCUGCUGCUCUGGAGUAGGAACAGGUGCACACCACAGCCUGCACCUGUGGAGCAGUGCUUCUGUGAGCAAAGAGGUCAAGUGGUGAUAAGCCAUAAAGAAUGUCAUCUUUCCGGUUCUAAACUGAAGACACUGUGUCCAUAUGGAAUAUGGUCCACACUGGUGGCUGCGUUUUGUAACUGCCCUUAUGUGCCUGAUGGACAAUAAUGUCAGAUUUUAUUUUUAAGAAAAUAUUUUUAAAGUAGUGUACAUUUCAGUUUUGGAAGUUUCAUGUAUUUGUAACAUUUCUCAUUAAAUAAUGUAUUUAAAAUGA